GUUAUAAGGGGGCGGGGCCGGGACGGAAGCACAGGCUGGGUCCAGAACUGGGGUUCUCUCCGCGCGGCUGUCUGCUCCGCCGAGGACCGGGUUCUUGCAGCUCCGCCGCUGCUGGCUGCUGCCGUUUGGCCUACUUUCGUCCCAACUCAGCACGGUCUGCUGCGACAGCGAGCGUGCCUCUCCCGGAUCUUCCCCUUGGAGGACCCAGAGGCCAGCCAGAAGCAGAAGGCAGCACUGCUACCCUACAAAGCGCAGCGACCAUUCAGCGAUGAAGCAUAUCUUGACUCUGUACUUGCUGGGUGUGGUGUUCACCCUGCUCUCUGUCUUCGUUAGGCUCAUGGAGUCCCUGGAGGGAUUACUGGGGAGCCCAUUGCCUGGGAGCCCCUGGGCUGUCAGAGGUCAUUUAGGCCACACCGAGCUCCCUAAGACCCUUCCUGAACACUCAUCCAGAGGGGUGCAGUAAGACCUCUCUCAGCACCAGCCGAGCCUUGAAACACUGACCUCAGCACGUCCUACCCGGUGUCUCAGCAAGCUAGCCCGCACCCCCAGUGUUGGCAGAAAACUGUUAAGACUGGGACAGCCUAUGUGGAUUUCUUUGCCUUGGGAAAGAGCCUGUUGAGUGCAGAGGUGUAAGUGGGUACCUUUGUCUGUGGGGUGGUACCCUCCCUGCCCUUUCCCCAGCGACUCUUGGCUUUGAUGUCCUUGGCACUGUGCCUCUCACACCUCUGAAAUGGGGACUCAUGUUGCAACUUCAGCUGUUGGUUUCAACCUUACAACCUAAACAUCUGCCAAGUGUUCCUUAGGACCUGGGUGCCUUAUGGCUGCUUCGAUUGGUUGGUGUUCAGUCUCCCGUGAGAGCAUCUCUGUGUCUGCGUAACGGUGGAGGUGUACCAGUUGUCUGUAAGGAGGAGCAGGAUGAUCGAGUAUAUCACUUCACAUUUUCAAAUUCAACCAACCAACGUAGUGUGUAUGUGUUUGUAUAUAUUGAUCUGAAGGGGACGGUAAGAUGAUGUAGCCUCUUGGGUAUUAUGGUCACCAUGUGGCUUAAAUUAACUUUUCUAAUGUAAUAAAGUUGAAUAUUUCUGCAUAUCA